AAAAAGAACGUACCAGCUGAUCCGUUACCGUACGCAUCACUAAUUGAAGAAGCUCUAUUUAUGAAUUACUCACAUUCUUUCGUCUUCGAACCUCGUCUGAACUUCCACUCUUACAGUCAGUACUUCUCCACUCACUCACUCUUGAAGGUUAGGGCUAUGGUAGUAGGGUAUCUUCACCAUAAUCUGAAACCCUAGCUAGGGUUUGAGGGCUUUUGUUCUCCAGAGUUCUGGUCUCUUGGAGCGAUUGGAUGGGAAACUGCUGCAGAUCACCCGCUGCUGUCGCAAGAGAGGACGUCUCCACACAUGAUCAUGGCCGAAAAGAUAGAGGUGGUAGUGACACUGGAGCUGGCGGUAAGAAGACGAUCACUGUCUUGAAUGACGUUUCCAAGGAGAGGAUAGAGGAGAAGUACUUGGUGGACAGGGAAUUGGGAAGAGGAGAGUUCGGUGUGACGUACCUAUGUAUUGAUCGCAAUACCAAAGAGCUUUUAGCCUGUAAAUCCAUCUCCAAGAGGAAGCUUCGGACGGCGGUGGAUAUUGAGGAUGUGAGGCGAGAAGUGGCGAUUAUGAAGCAUUUGCCCAAGAAUUCGAGUAUUGUGAGAUUGAAAGAGGCGUGUGAGGAUGACAAUGCGGUUCAUUUGGUAAUGGAGUUGUGUGAAGGAGGGGAGUUAUUUGACCGGAUCGUGGCUCGUGGUCACUAUACUGAGCGGGCAGCUGCUGCGGUUACUCGAACUAUUGUGGAGGUUGUUCAACUGUGUCACAAGCAUGGGGUGAUCCAUAGGGACUUAAAGCCUGAGAACUUCCUCUUUGCAAACAAGAAGGAGAAUUCACCUCUGAAAGCUAUUGAUUUCGGCUUGUCUAUAUUCUUCAAGCCAGGUCAAAGGUUCUCUGAAAUUGUUGGAAGUCCAUAUUAUAUGGCUCCAGAAGUUCUCAAGCGGAAUUAUGGACCGGAGAUAGAUAUAUGGAGUGCAGGAGUCAUUCUUUACAUCUUACUUUGUGGAGUUCCUCCAUUUUGGGCUGAGUCUGAGCAAGGGGUUGCACAAGCCAUUCUUCGUGGUCUUAUUGAUUUUAAGCGGGAUCCAUGGCCAAAUGUUUCAGAGAGUGCAAAGAAUUUGAUUCGACAGAUGUUGGAGCCUGACCCAAAACUUCGCUUGACUGCAAAGCAAGUGCUUGAACAUCCUUGGCUCCAAAAUGCUAAAAAAGCUCCAAAUGUUCCUCUUGGAGAUGUUGUCAAGUCAAGGCUGAAGCAGUUUUCUAUGAUGAACAGAUUCAAGAGGAAAGCAUUAAGGGUUAUUGCUGAUCAUUUAUCCAUUGAAGAAGUUGAAGACAUCAAAGAAAUGUUUAAGAAGAUGGACACUGAUAAUGAUGGUAUUGUUUCAAUUGAGGAACUGAAAACUGGACUUCCAAAGAUUGGCUCCCAGCUGGCAGAGUCUGAAGUGCAGAUGCUUAUUGAAGCUGUAGAUACCAAUGGGAAAGGUACACUUGACUACGGAGAAUUUGUUGCAGUGUCCCUCCAUCUACUGAGAAUGGCGAAUGAUGAACAUCUUCGUAAAGCCUUUUCCUACUUUGACAAGAAUGGAAAUGGUUAUAUUGAACAAGAGGAGCUCCAGGACGCCUUGAUGGAAGAUGGAGCUGCGGACUAUGCAGAUGUAGCAAAUGACAUCUUCCAAGAAGUAGACACCGACAAGGAUGGAAAGAUCAGCUACGAUGAGUUUGCAGCAAUGAUGAAAACUGGAACAGACUGGAGAAAAGCUUCUCGCCAUUAUUCUCGAGGAAGGUUUAAUAGCCUUAGUGUAAAGUUGAUGAAGGAUGGUUCACUAAACAUGAGCAAUGAGUAGCAUAAUAGCUGAGGUGGGUCCCUACUCCCCUUUGAUUUGUAGGUAUCUUACCAAGGAUCGUGGAGAAGCAAGCACACAUCAUUUAUUACUUCCUGCGGUGUUGAUGAGCUAAACACGGCAUGUAUGUAUGAAUGCUUAACGAGAGAGAUGUGUGAUGCUGUCCUCUGUCACCCACUUGGCCUCCCGACGGUGUUUCAACUUUCAUGUGCAGAACUUGUACGUGGUCCGAUGGAUAGUACUGUACUGCUGUCUGCUGGUUUACCAGAAAGAAGAAAGAUUGGAAUUUUCUAUUGGGCAAAGGUUGAGUGGUUUUGCUGCAUCCCGCUUGGUGGAGACUCGUUGGAUUUGGGCCAAAAGUUUUUUCUGUAUGCCAAGAUAAAUAUCAAGGUGCAAGUCGGACUUGGUACAACAUCGCUUGGGACUUGGGAGUUAGGGACUUGGGAUAAGGAUUAGCAAUAUAGAUUGUCAAACUUCAAUGCAUACCACGUUGUACUUUAAUCUCCCCUCCAUGUUUUGGAGAAGCUAUACAGACAGAGUGACAGACCACUGUUGUUCGUUAAGAACAUAACCAGAUAUGAUGAUGUAUUUGAUGUCAUUACAUCAAAUUCCUAAUUUGCU